CUACAGGUGCUGCGCCCGGGCGUAUUUCCCCAAACCACAAUGUAACUAGUUGCGCAUCCUCCACAGCGAGCCCCUUCCAAACGGAUCCUCUUCAAAGGAAAAAAACGGAACACGUUUCGCUCUUUUCCCUUGGAAUACCAAGAGUGGCUUUAUGUAUGCAGUCCGUUUUAUCAGAUUGGAUGGCUCUAGAACUCGACACACGCAACACAUUUUGAUUUUUGAAGAUUCUUCUGACAGUAAUUUUGGACUUACUGCCUGUUUUCGAAUACAUUUCCGACUCAUAACAUACCUCUGAAAUUACCUGACAACAUGCAAAUAUAGUCUUCAUAUAGUUCUCAUUCGGCUUCGUUCAAAUGUGGAUUGUAAUUAUUUUUAAAACAAUGAUUCAUAAAUCGGUUAAUUCAUCUUAAUCACGAGCAGACCUGCGUGUUCAUGUUUUUCAUGUAGAUUAUGGGAGCUGAUAUCCCUGGAAUUAACACGAGCUUCAAUCUCACUCAUAACGACUCUUCGAGGAUCAGCAGCACUGGUGCUGCCUUUUCGGGAUUUGUCAUGGUGAUCCUGGCUGUGCUUAUGGUAACUCUGGUAGUUGUAGUCGUAGUUGGGAACGCACUGGUCAUCCUCGCUUUCAUAGUGGACAAGAGCCUGCGAAACCAAAGCAACUAUUUCUUCUUGAACCUUGCGAUAUCAGAUUUUCUUGUAGGGGCCUUUUGCAUCCCGGUCUACAUCCCGUACAUUCUAACUGGGCGGUGGAUGUUCGGGAGAGGACUGUGCAAAUUGUGGCUGGUCGUAGAUUACCUGCUGUGCACCGCCUCGGUCUUUAACAUCGUUCUCAUAAGCUACGACCGCUUCCUCUCCGUCACCAGAGCUGUCACUUACAGGGCUCAACAGAGCAUGACCAGUCUGGCUGUGUGGAAGAUGGUCGCCGUGUGGGUCCUGGCAUUCCUCUUGUACGGUCCAGCCAUCAUCUUCUGGGAGUUUGUGGUGGGGAGUAGCAACGUGCCGGACGAUGAAUGCUUUGCAGAGUUCUACUACACCUGGUACUUCCUGCUCUGCGCCUCCACCUUUGAGUUCUUCUCCCCCUUCAUUUCGGUGGCCUUCUUCAACCUCAGCAUCUACCAGAACAUCCGGCGGAGAAACAAGAACCGGGCCAUCCACAUGAAGGAGCGCGGCAGCCAGCCCCAGCCCCAGGGCUCCUCCGUGUUCUUCGUCAAGACUCGCAAGGUGUGCUCCGGCGAGCCCGCCGCCGCCGUCGCGUCCGCCAUGGUGGAGGUGGACGAUCAGUUCCCCUCCUCCAGCUGCCCCAGCCACCACACCUUCGUGCCGAAGAAGAAGAAAGGGGGGGGGUCUGGCAAGCGGAGGUCCGCCGGCUCUCACUCCCGCGGGGCCGGGAGCGGGGCCCGCGGCUCGGCCGCCAAGAGAAUCACGCAGCAUUCGCGUCUGUCCCGGGACAAGAAGAUCGCCAAAUCGCUGGCCAUCAUUGUGUGCAUCUUCGGGGUCUGCUGGGCACCAUACACUCUUCUGAUGAUCAUUCGGGCAGCCUGCAGAGGGCACUGUGUAGAUUACCACUGGUACGAAAUCACCUUCUGGCUCUUGUGGCUGAAUUCAGCCAUCAACCCAUUCCUGUAUCCCCUCUGCCAUGGCAGUUUCAAAAGAGCUUUCAUUAAAAUAUUGUGCCCCAAACGGCAGUCCGUACAACCUCAGAUUGUAACUGAGUCCUGACAGUGACAAAAAAAAAUAAAAACUAAAAAAUAUUGCAAUGAAGUCUCUCUGAAGAGACUUGGGAGGCUGGGAGGACUGAUGUUAAGAAAGUUUACCUUGGACCAAAAGCACAAUGUAUAGUAUAUGGGGGCUGACCCCAUGCUGACUCAGACCCCUUUUUUUUUUUUUUACAACAUUCAUGCUUCCGAUGUGUUUGUUUUAAGCUUGAAUAAUUUUCAUUGUAAAAUGGACACAGGGUAUUUCACGUAAAAUGUGUUUAUAUUGAAUAUGUAUUUUUCUCUCAUUUCACGUAAAACGUGUUUAUAUCGAAUAUCUAUUUCUCUGAAAGAUUUCCUACCAAGGCAAUUUAGUAGAAAGUGAUGGAUGUUAAAUUUAACUGAAUCAGUCUCCUCAAAGUGGACCAAAUCAUAGUGCAUACAAGGGCAAAGGAUUUUAUUUUUUUUCACAUGCUGUUUUCUCUCAUGUCCAAAGGCAUUGAUAGAUGCAAACAAUUACUUUGUUCAAUUACAAAGUUUUGCAGGCUAAACUAUGAAUGUGAACUGAUUACAAUAAAAAAUAGGGUGUAAAAGAUGUUUAUCGCAGAGAUUUCAAAGGAGAACAUCAUAAACAUGACGAAUAUAACAAGAAUAGUACAUCCGUAUAUUUAGUGCUGGUAAACCAAAGGGCAAAGCAGGUCCACAUUGAUUUGUUGAAUGUUUUUCACAAUUUGCUUUUUUGCUCACCAUCUGUGCCAUCAGCUCAAUAAUUUUCUAUGUCUAUCAAUGUGACAAAAACACUUAAAGUCCAGGGCAAAGUGAGGCACAGCUGAGUCACACCUCUUUGGAUGAUAAUUACAGACAAUACUAUGGCACAAAAGGAUAAUGCGUCAAGUCCAAAAGAGAAAUGCUUUUUGAGUCCACGUGUUUGUGGGCUCUGAACAGGUAUGAAUGCAUGCCACCUUGUACCUACUUCGGUUUCAAAAUGAGACUGCUGUCCUAAUUUUAGCUACCGUCUUUCUGGAGUCCUUGUAAAUUGCUCUUGCUGUGGUACUGUUGUCACGUUGAUUUGGAAGACAAUCUAGUGUGUCUCAGCAUGGCAUUGUAAUUUUGAUUCAGUAGUGAUACCACUUGCUUUUCACUCACUUCAUGAAAGAUCGCUGGUGCCAUUUUCCAAAAACCAUUGCAUUGCCUGGAGAAAAGAAAGGAACCCAUAGACAUUUAACAUACAUUCUCUUCAGAAUUUGAUGCACAUUCAAAAGUAGUUCUGGUAGGCCUGGUCUCAAACUUCAGACACUGCAUUGAGCAAAACUCCUGAUAGGUGGGUUUUAAACUCUAUCACUUUUGGUUUCAAAUAUAAUUCCCAACUUGAAUUCAUAGAUUUCUACACUGGAAUACUAUGCUUUCUCCAGCCAUCACAUGCAGCUCAUUGCAAGUCAGUUAUUUGGAGGAUAACUAUGGUCUAUGGCAUUACAAGCAGUAAACAUUGUUUCAGAGUGUGGUCAUUGCAACAGAGGCUGUUGUCUGUUCUGUAUUCUACUCCUCCUCCUCCUCCACCCUCCUGGGUCCUUAGCUGGAUAGCUCACUCUUCACUGCCUAUUAAUACCAGCCAAUCGAUGUGACACAUCAGUAGUGCAUGCCCAUAACUACCAGCCUUGCUAAUACAUAAACCAGUUAAAUUAGAACAACCAGAAUGUAGUCUUAUUAGUAACUGAUACUCCUGCAUACUCAUUAUGUUAUGAAGGCUAGAAUGAUACCCGUGUUGAGGGUUAUAUCACCAGGUAACACAAAUGAAGACUUUACUUUGUUUUCCUCAGUGAGGAAAACACUGAACGAACCUUCCUAGUGUGAUGUGUGAUUAUACUUUGUUACGGAAUUAUGGGAGUGAAUAUACAAUGCAGAAACCUACUUUAGGUCAUCAAUUUGUUUGACAGCACAAGGAGCGCCAACUCCAUGUUGCUUUUCAUCCCGUUUUUGAACUUCACUUGUGGCCAUUGAGGAAAAGCAAUACCUAGGUUGACUCUGGUUUUUGAACAAGCCCUGGUUGUUGUUUAGCUUCACUGUACUUGUGCUUCCUCUCCUCUGCCAUUGCAGUAAAUAGCUACAAAUGCUCUGCUGAAUCAUGACCCCAUGCCAUGGGCUUUGUAGCCAGACCCUCCUCUCCCCACACAGAAAAGCGGCAGAGGAGCACGGAUUCGGGAAACGUGUACAAAUACAGAGAAUGCCAGUGCAUCAUAGAUGACUGAACAUCAAUCCAUCCACCCAUCCAUUAUCUAUACCUGCUUAUUCCUUGUCAGGUUCAUGGGGGGUGCUGGAGCCUAUCCCAGCAUGCACUGGGCGAGAGACAGGAAUACACCAUGGACAGGAGGCCAAUCUAUGACUGAACAUGGUUAUUUAAUAUUUUCAAGGUAAAAAUCCUACAUAGUACACUCCUGGUAAAAAAGGGCCAUAUUUUAUAUAUAAAUAAUAUUAUAUAUAAAUAAAUAUUCAUAAUGAAUAUUUUUUCCAUUG